GGCGGUGUCCGACGGACGGAUGGAUAGAUGAGAGCUGGUGCGCACACAGGCUCCACUUUUACGCAUCAGUUGUUCGUGUAGGUGUCGAUGCCGAAGUUACCACGGAUUUGGAUUUUUCUUUUUUCUUUUUUAUUACAGAAAAUACAACCAGCGUAUUUAGAGCAUAAUUCAGUUGUAGACAGCAUCCAAAGUGAGGCAUACACCAGCAGGAGUGUAUAGAGCAAGUGGAGCGAGAAAAGUUUCCGUCAUGGCAGCGCAUGGAUGGAGCUCAGUGCGUCUUGGGUUUGUCGUCUGUGGAUAUUUAGCGUUUUUCUGUGGGGAGAUUGUACAGCAGGCUGAAGCGGGCUGCAGGGAGAGGGAGAGCCCAAACUGCUGCACCGGCCGGAACAACGAAUGUUUUGAGUACACCAAAAGAAAAACGGUGUGCUACUGUGAUACAUACUGUCAGAAAACCAGAGACUGCUGUGAGGACUAUCAGCAUGUGUGCCAAAUAUCUGCAGCCAUUGACUGUGUGGUGGGAUCAUGGGGUCCCUGGUCAUCAUGCACAUCUCCAUGUGGAGUUGGCAGCACAGAAAGGAGUCGGCAAGUGUCUGUUCCCCCUAGAAAUGGAGGCACUCCCUGUCCUGACCUCAAACAGCGUAGAGGCUGCUUUGGAAACAAUGCCAUAUGCAGCACUGCGAAAGAGGUGGCAAAGAUCCUGCCUGAUUCUUUCAAGAGGAACUUCAAGGACCCUUGGAGGCGACCACACAUGCUGAUGAAGGAGGAGAAGGCCAGUUACUGUGUGUACCUGAGGGUGAAACAGGCCAGUGCAGCAUGCAAGCUCAAACUCUGGAGUGCUCACCUGGUGAGAGAGAGGCUGGUCUGUGCAGAGUGUCAGAGUGAUGCCAUGUCAAAGUCAGGCCGCUGUGGAGGCGACGGCCUAGAGAGCACCAGGACGUUCUGGGCAGCAGCUUCAGUCCCGGGCUGUCAUGGUUCCUGGGUGCGAGAGUCGUCUUCUGAGGGCUGUCGGUGUCCUCCCUACUCUGUGCUCUUUGUGUGAGACGAUGUGUAAACUCCACACAUCCAUACGCAGGGAUGAGAUUUCCCUCAAUGCCUCCCGCUAACUGUGGGGGAGCCCUGCCAGCUAAACUAGACCCCUCAAAUCCAGAUUACUGGAUGGCUAACUCAAGGAGAUCAGCAGCAUCCUGCCACUUUUUCCUUUCACCUCAUACUCUGUACUGUAUACACUAUCGCUAAACACACAGAAAUUCUUGCAUUUAUUCCAAUUUUACAGCCACAGCAACAUCUAUAUGCCUUUUUACCUCUGAAUCUUUGCUAUCUACCUCCAUCAAUGCAAGUGCAUUUGUUUAUGCAUAAUGUAUAAAUAUAUAAAUAUAUUAUUUUGCUUUAUACAUUUUCUACUUUUGAUUGUUUAUGUGUUAUGUAUAUGUGUCUAUAUAGCUAAACUUUAAACACCAAACAGCAGUUGCUACAUCGAGUUUAAGCCCCAAUCCAAAGGGUCCUAAAUGACUUGCAGGUUGGAGAUCCUGAAAACUGGUUCAUCCAAAUUGUAUCCAUUUCUAGAAUCCUUGAGUCUCAUAUCUGUGUUUUACAGUUUUUGUCCUCCUUGUUGUUUCUUUCCAGCAAAAACACCAUAUACCAUCAAGUCAAGUAGAAUAUCAGGUCUUGAUACUCAGGUGCAGAGAUUUGUGUCUUUGUCUCCAAUCCAGCUUUGUCUCUGCCUCUUCUCUGCCAGGUCAGUCACUGAUGUGAUGACUAGUUUAAAGUGACUCACAGCUAAAAUCAGUCCCAUCUGUUUAGACCUCAUGUUGUUGGAGAGGAAAAAGAGCCAUUUAAGAGAAUUUCCCUGUGGUUCUCCUUGUCCUCGUGUUUUAAGACAAGAAUUGCUUCAUAACUAUGUUUUCCUUCACUCCCUGCCCUGCUCGGAAAAUCUUGUUAACCUCACAAGGGAGUUUUAUCUGCAAAGUAUCAUCCAAAAUAAAUAUGUACAGACAUGCUACUCCCUUUUUAUUAAUUAAUGGAAUCCUCUCCCAGCACACUCCACAGCUCCUCCGUCUGCACUUCUUUUUUCUUCUCUGCCCUUAUUGCUGUCUACUGCCCUGAUGUUUUCUUUAAAAGAAACUGCAGAUGAACCGCAGCGUUACCUUUUCAAACUAAAAACAGCAGUCAGUCAACUGGCUCGGUACGCCUACACGCAUCUCUUGUACUGCUGGUUUAAGAGGAGGACAAGCGUAGUCCCAGUUAAGGGCUUUUCUCUCUGGAAAGCUGUGACUUUCUCUUUCUCUCACAUGUCUGUGUCUAUGUUUGUGUGUUUAUUUAUUACAAAACAAGUGAUGAUUUUAUUAGUGCAGCACAAGCAUACUCUGUACACUGUCCAUUAGUGAAAAUAAACAACUAUAUUGUCAUUUC